AUGAAUGAGGUAUGAAUAGUGAAGAAUUAUCUAGAAUCUUAACUUUCAAAAACUAUUGAAUCACAAUUUGAACCCUACAAUGGACAAUCUUUAAGUCAUCUAUUCCAAGUUACAACAAUUAUAAUAUUUUAAUUCCUUCAUUGAGAAAAAUCUUAAGGGAACUUAAAGAGAGAGUCUUUUAUAUGUAUAAUUCUUAGACAUCAUAGUUAUGUGGCAAAUUCAAAAUAGAACACUUUAAAGGAGGUGAUAUCAUCUUUAAAGAAGGAGAUAAGUCAAACGAUAAAUUAUAUAUAAUAUUUAAUGGUAAAGUGGCUUUAAUAAAGUAAAGGACAUAACAACUACAAUAAUAAAGUCCUGAAAAACAUACAGAUAAUCAAAAAUAGUUGUAGUUUUAAUAAAACUAAUCAAAUAAACCUGUAAUUUUAAAAGCAGAGUAAUUUAUUAGGAUUAUUAAUUUACUUUAGAAAAACAUAAAACAAAAUUACAACUUUAACAUCAGGAACAAACUUUUUUAAAUAAAUUGCCUUUUCAAAGAAGUUUGCUGAUAAAAUGAAGGCUAAUAUAGUUUAAGGAUAAACUAAUGAAAAAGUUUAAAUUUCACAAUAAGAAAUUUAAACAAUUAGUGAUAAAUUUGGUGAAACUGUCAGAAUUUUAAAAAGAGGAGAUGGUUUUGGAGAUAGAGCCUUGAUUGAAAAUCUUCCAAGAGCAUUAACUGCAUGUGCUUAUACUGAAGAUUUAUUUUUGUUAAUUUUAAAAAAAGACGACUUCGAUUUAAUUAGAUAAUAAUUUAUAUAAUAAAUGAAAGAGAAAAAAAGUUUAAUUUUUACUAAAUUUCCUGUUUAAGGAGAUUAUUCAUCAAAAUAAUUAGAAUAAUUAGCUUAUAGUUUUGAUGUUGAAUAAUUUUAAAAAGAUUGUGUUUUAACUAUAGAUGGUCAUCCUAAAAAAUGUUUUUAUCUAAUUUAAUUUGGAGAUAUUUUACUAGAAAAAGUAAUUAAUGAUUAAAUGGUUAAGAUAUGUAUUCUAAGUAAAAUUAUCUAUAAUUUGAGUAGCUAAGGGUUAAUUAUUAGGGGAAGAAAUAGCUAUGAAUGAAGAUGGUUGUUGUGAAUAUAAUGCUGUUGUUUUAUCUAAUGAGGCUACUUUAAUGGUCAUUCAUAAACAUGAAUUUUUAUAAAAAUUCCCUGAAGAAUGUAAAUUAUGGGUAAAAAAAGAAUACAUGAGAAAGAUUAAAUUUAGAACAAUUUUCUAAACAUCAAAUAUGAUUAGUGUAAAUAAAAUAAAUUAACCAAAAUUCACCCCUGUGAAAUAAUAUAUUGAAGUUAAAUACAAUCCUAAAAAAAUUAGAAGUAAAGAAAGACAAGAUUAAAUGGAAAUAGGUAAAAUAGUGGAAGAAAAGAAUUUUAUUUAUUAACUAAAAUACCAAAGUGAUCCUGAAAAAGAUGCAGGUUCUGCUUUGUUUGGAAAUGAUCUUUAUUAAAGUCCAAAGAUAGGAUUUACACCAAGUUAUUCACAUCAUAAUAAUAUAGCAGUUAAAUCAUUUAAAUAAUAAUAUCUUUAUAAAUUGUUAAAAAAAAAAAGAAAACAUUUAAUUUUUAGCACUCCUCCUUUAACUGCUAGGACAUUGACAAAUAAUUAGACAAUAUAUUCGGAUCGUUAAAGUAAACAUAAACACACUUUUUCAACAGGUAUUAAUUCAAAUACUCCUUGUAUAUCACUAUCUCCAAUUAAUAUGAAUAGCAGAGAAAUUAUUUGAG